GCAGAGGAGCUGUACGUCUCGGAGCAGGAGGGCAGCGACUGCACUGGCGAUGGGACGCAGAAGAAGCCGUUCAAAACCGUCCUGAAGGCUCUGAUGACAGCAGGAAAGGAACCGUUUCCCACUAUCUAUGUGGAUUCCCAGAAAGAAAAUGAGAGAUGGAGCAUUAUUUCCAAGUCGCAGAUGAAGAAUGUCAAAAAACUGUGGCACAGGGAGCAAAUGAAGAACGAGGCCAAGGAGAAGAAAGAGGCAGAAGAUCUCUUGAGAAGAGAGAAGAACCUAGAGGAAGCCAAGAAGAUUGUUAUCAAGAAUGACCCUAAUCUUCCAGAGCCAAAAUGCGUGAAGAUUAAUGCUCUGGAGGCUUAUAGAGGGCAAAGAGUGAAGAUCUUUGGCUGGAUUCACAGGCUGCGUAGGCAAGGAAAAAAUUUGAUGUUCAUUGUUUUGAGAGACGGCACAGGAUUUCUGCAGUGUGUCCUUUCAGAUGAACUGUGCCAGUGUUACAAUGGGCUGCUGCUGUCCACGGAGAGCAGCGUUGCGGUGUACGGCGUGCUCAACCUCGUUCCCCAGGGCAAGCAGGCGCCGGGCGGCCACGAGCUGAACUGCGACUACUGGGAGCUCAUCGGCCUGGCCCCGGCCGGCGGGGCCGACAACCUGCUCAACGAGGAUUCCGAGGUGGACGUGCAGCUCAACAACAGGCACAUGAUGAUUCGGGGAGAGAACAUGUCAAAAAUCUUCAAGGUGCGCUCCGUGGCCGUGCAGGCCUUCAGGGAUCACUUCUUUGCCAAUGGAUACUAUGAAGUGACACCUCCGACUUUAGUCCAAACCCAGGUUGAAGGAGGCUCCACCCUGUUCAAGCUGGAUUAUUUUGGUGAAGAGGCAUACUUGACACAAUCAUCCCAGCUCUACCUGGAGACCUGCAUUCCGGCACUAGGAGAUGUUUUCUGUAUUGCUCAGUCGUACCGAGCUGAGCAGUCCAGGACACGCAGACACUUGGCAGAGUACACUCACAUUGAAGCUGAAUGCCCUUUCAUAAGUUUUGAGGAGUUGCUGGACCGUCUGGAGAACCUGGUCUGUGAUGUAGUGGACAGAAUCCUCCAGUCACCUGCAGCAAGUCUCCUGCGCGACCUGAACCCGGGCUUCCAGCCCCCGAAGCGCCCUUUCCGCCGAAUGAACUACGCGGAUGCCAUCGCRUGGUUAAAGGAGCACGACGUGAGGAAGGAAGAUGGCACCCACUACGAGUUCGGGGAGGAUAUUCCUGAGGCUCCCGAGCGAUUAAUGACAGACACCAUCAACGAGCCCAUCCUCUUGUGUCGAUUUCCCGCAGAGAUCAAGUCCUUCUACAUGCAGCGCUGUCCUGAGGAUUCCCGCCUUACGGAGUCUGUGGAUGUGCUGAUGCCCAACGUCGGUGAGAUCGUUGGAGGCUCUAUGCGCAUCUGGGACAGCGAGGAGCUGGUGGAGGGCUACAAGAGAGAGGGCAUCGAUCCCACCCCCUACUACUGGUACACUGACCAGAGGAAAUACGGUACCUGCCCGCAUGGUGGCUACGGCCUGGGCCUGGAGCGCUUCCUGACGUGGAUUCUGAACAGGCACCACAUCCGGGACGUGUGCCUGUACCCGCGCUUCGUGCAGCGCUGCCGCCCGUAGCCGCCGCGGGACACCGAGCCGAGGGCUUGGGAAAGAACCACUCACUCCACCAGACUACRGCCAGCCUGAGAACAAGGCUUAUCGCAACCUGCUGUUAAUGCAAUCACUAACUUAGCUGGGAGGGAACCCUUUUCAAAGGAAAAUGCUAUUCAGUAACUGGAAGAAUUCUUAGGAAAAAAAAAAGUUAGGUGCAUAUGUGCUCUCAAAUCACCAUAAAACAAAGAUCCCGAUAAGCUGGCAUUUUAAACAGAAGACGUGCUUUUCCAUUUCGUUCUGGUGAUUUAUGAACAAAAUAUUUGGGGCAUUUAAUUUUUUUGACCUCUGUUUUCUCUUUUAUGGUUUCUUGUUGGAGAAAUCAGAGUAUCAAGCUCUUUAAAUUCCCAAAUGCCUUUGAGACUGUUGCGACGAUGUUAUCAUCUAUACAGCUCAAUGGAGUAUGAGAAUAAAUAUAUUAGGUAUUGCACUUUUUAGCUUCUACUGCUUUUAAUGAAAGGUUUUUUUGAGUUGAGUCAGUAGCAAGGUACCUGCUACUGAACAUAAAAUUCCACUGCAAGAGAGCUGUUCUGCUUUUCUUCAGUUCAGAUUAUUUAUUGAGGCUGAAGGUGAGGUACGCUGUGCUGGCAGAGCGGGACCAGGCACGCCACCCUGCUGAAUUGCUGUUUGGAGAGAACUCUUGG